UCGGAGCAGCGCGAAUUGGCUGGAGCGGGAGCGGGAGCCGGAGCCGGGCAGGGAGAGCCCCACCGCCGCUGCCAUGUCCCACUCGCUGGUCCUGCGUGGUCCUUCGCCCUGGGGUUUUCGUUUGGUGGGCGGGAAGGACUUCAGCGCCCCUUUGACCAUCUCCAGGAUUAACCCUGGCAGUAAAGCAGCCAUGGCAAACCUGUGCCCAGGAGAUGUUAUUCUGGCAAUUAAUGGGGAGAGCACAGAGAACAUGACACACCUAGAAGCACAGAACAAGAUCAAAGCAUGCGUGGACCAGCUGCUGCUCUCUGUGAACAGAGCUGAAGGGAAGACCUGGUCACCCCCUGUUCUGGAAGAUGGCAAAGCUCAAGCCUACAGGAUCAGCGUCGAGCCAGAGGCACAGGACAACGGGCCUGCCCAGAGCCGGAGGUCACUGCCCACCGUGGAGAAGCAGCAGAUGCUGAACGUGCAGCACCAUCACCCACCCCGGCUCCACGGCAGCAGCGGCUCCGAGUCGGCGCUGCCUGCCCAGCUCAGCGGGCUCCACAUCACCCCAGCCCUCAGCCUCGACCCCUUGAAGUCUCUGCCACGGAACAGAAAUGGGAUUGAUGUGGAGUCAGAUGUCUACAAGAUGCUUCAGGAUUAUGAAAAGCCUGUUUCAGAGCCUAAGCAGUCUGGAUCCUUCCGGUACUUGCAGGGCAUGCUGGAGGCUGGUGAGAAUGGUGAAAAACUCGACAGACUGAGCAACCCCAGGAGCAUCAAGUCCCCAGUGCCCAAGCUCGGCGGGGCCGUGUCCGGGCUGCAGAUGCUCCCCGAGUGCACCCGCUGCGGGAACGGCAUCGUGGGCACCAUCGUCAAAGCUCGGGACAAGCUCUACCACCCCGAGUGCUUCAUGUGCGACGACUGCGGGCUGAACCUGAAGCAGCGCGGGUACUUCUUCAUCGAGGAGCAGCUGUACUGCGAGACGCAUGCCAAGGAGCGGGUGAAGCCCCCCGAGGGCUACGACGUGGUGGCUGUUUAUCCCAAUGCCAAAGUUGAACUUGUCUAAGGCCGGGCUGAGCUCCCGAGGAGCCGUGUGCCCACCCUGGUCCCCCCGCCGCUGGCAGGGCUCUGAUCAACCCCCCUUCCCGGCGCCCGAGCUAAAAGGCCUUUUCCCAGAUAAAACCGUUUGCGCUUGGGAUCUCCGGGAGAUGGUGUUGAAAGCUUAGGAACAGGUUUUUCCCUUCUUCUUGACACUCUGCUUUUCGGGUUGCUGUGUUGGGCUGUUACUCUGUGCCAUAACCUUGUCCGAGUUCUGUGUAAAUAUGGAUUAAUCCUCUACUUUCUUUCCUAGAACACCAGUAUUCCUUUUUCUUUUUUUUUUUCCUCUUUUUGCCCCUCUCUUCUUCUGAAAAAGCAAGGAGGAUGUUUUAAAAGCUCAAAGAAAAUAAGGCACUUUAACAAAAGAAGCUGACUCCCAUAUCCUGACCUUACUCUCCUUACUCCUGCCCUCCAGCUGCCCUGGUGAUGACAAACCAAGCCCCUGAGGAAUCAGGGACACGGUACCAUGGGUUGGGGUCCCCAGCUCAGCCCCAUCCAGCAGAUGUGCUGCAGAAGGACUGUCUCUUGGAGCAGUAUUUGCUGUGAGAUUCCCUGGAUCAGGGCACUGCAGUGCAAAGCUGACAUGCAGUGAUCCCAGUUCCCUGAGACAUCUCCACACAGAGCACAUGAUGAGGCUUUUUUCUUUCUCCUUUCGCUGCUAAUUUGGUUCUGUCAUCAGAUCCCCCCAGCAGCGCCUCAAAAGACACUGAGGUAGCAGAGCCCACCUCUUCCCUCCCACACUCCUGCUCCACAGCUGCCCUUGCUUGGGCCAUCCUGACUCUUUACCACCUCUUGCUGUAUUUUUGUAGUCCUUUAUUUCUAGAUCCCCAGGCUGCUGCCAGGGUGUGGUGGUGAUAAAAUCCCUCCAGGCACUUGGGAAGUAUCAGGAGCAGCAGGGAGGACCAAAUCCAGAGGCAGCAGGUUUGGAUUUGUACCCAUAACCCAAGGCAGGUAUUUCAGCCAGGUCCAUCAUCCACUUUAUUUCAUGAGGAAAAGUUUUAUAGGAUCUUGGGAUGUUGCUUUGUUGGAAAAAUGGGAAUUUUUUUCAUGUUAGUGUUCGGAGGAGAGAGUUUAGUCCCUCAGCUGCUGGGGUGGUGGGAGCCAUUUUUUGGUACCACAAAAUUACUUCUGCUUUGCACCAGCCUCCUUCCUCCUCCUCACUUGAGAGAGGGAGGACAUGGGGGACAAAAAUAAACGUUUGUGCUGACUUCCCUUCCAUGGAAAAGGAAAAUCGGAGAGGGGGCACUGGCCAAAGCACUCCUUCCCCUUCUGGCUUCCCAGGACAGGGGGCUAAGAAAUCUGGGACUGGAGAAGGGUCAGGAGCAUUAUCCAUGCCAUUUCUUCCUACAGGUGCUGCACCCAGAGGCAGGAAGCUUUUUUAAUUAUUUGAGUACAAGAAUCACGUGGAAAUUUUUAUCACAGUGCUGAGCCUCAUUUUUCUUGUAUUUGCAUAGCCUUGCUUGGUAGGUUGGACCAUCUGAAGGGAAAUACUUGGGACAACUGUAGAUGAUGAGGAGACUUUAACUUCAACCCGAGCUCCCACAAGUGGGUUUUUCUGUGCGGUUUGUCUCGUGUUGCCCUUUCUUAGGAAUAAUCAAAGCAUCUGAUCCCCAAAAGGAGCCUAAAGCUGGAGCUGCCUCUCAGAAACCCAUCCCAGGGCACACUGAUUCCUGGCUUCAUCCUGUUGCAGGGCUUGCAGGAGCUGCCCAAAGCUGGGAGAGCCUCUCCUGUCACGGGGGGACAGUUUGAUUCUGUAACACGUGGGGAGGGUGUGGCUGAAAUGCAGAAUAAAGUUGUGUUGUCGGUUUUAUGUCUCACAAUGCAGAGCUUGGCCUUUGCUGGGUCUGUGGCUCUGAGAACCUUGUUAGGGGUUUGGUCAGUGUUUUGGGGUGUGUUGGUUGUUUUUUUAACUCCUGGGUCUCCCCUGGGACCCUGUGUCCCAUCAGAUGCAAGAAGGGCCAUCGUGUCUUGGUUCCUCCCUGCUGCUGAGUCCCAGCUCACCCUGUGAUGCUCCAGAGCUUCCCCACCUCUGCUCAGUGUCAGGCUCAGGAACUGGGUUUCCUGGCAGCUUUUCACCAGCCCCAGUGCUGCUCAGGAGGCACCUUCUUCCACCUGGUGGCCCAGGCUCUCACCAGACCAGGAGCUGCAGCUGUGCAGGGCUGGGAAUGUCACCUUGUCACCUGCCCCAUCGCUGUGGGUGUGAUGGUGGGGGCAAAGCCUGUGCCAAAAGCCCUGUCAUUGCUGACCUUGAACCCCAGAAUCCCACAGGGUGGUAGGAGCCUGGGACCAGGAACAUGAGGGCUGGCCCAGGGGGGCUCAGCAGCUGAGCUAGGGGUGAUGUUGGCUUCUCUAGUGAAAUCACAAUGGGUCUGGUUGUAACAGCUGAUGGGUAUUUGAUUCACUGGUAUGUGGGACAGUCAGAAUUGGUGUGAGUUGAGAGCCUGCAACAGAAACCUAAUCCCAAAGGUUUGUUUUGGAAGGUGUUCAUAUAGAGGAAUUAUAUGUGCCUAAAAUUAUUUCAAAAGACAAAGGCUCUGGGGAUCCACGUGUGGCAGGAACUCAUGCACUGUGGGUCUGCGGAACUCAGCCUCUAAUUAGUGCCCAUAUUCAAAUAAUGAACAUGCUCAUGACUCUCCAAUUAGUGUUAUUUCCAUUCACCCUUGAAUGUCUACAUGUGUUGGAUGUGUUUCUAUGUUAUAGUCACCAAGCCCCCCAGCCCCUCUGCCCUGGGCACUGCUGCUGUGGGGCUCCAGCUCUCUGGGACAACCCCUGGAUGUGAGGCUGGGGGGGACACAGGGUGCACCCCCGAGCGCCCCUGCUGUCCCCCCUGGUCCCUGCAGCCACCGUCUGACCUGCCAACCCCAGGAGCCUCCUCCAGGCUCCUCCCUGCUCUGGGAAAAAAAAAGACGGGUAAGAUCAAAAGAGCCAGGGCACCGUUUAUUAGCUAAACGAGGUGGGACCAGGGCCAGACUGAUUCAAGUUCUAAUUGUUUAACUUUUUCCAUGUAUCAUCAUUAAAGUUUCCUACUUAGCUGGGCAUUAUUUCCACCCCCUUUCUUCUGCUGCUUUUGUUUGGAGCUGUUUAACUUUGCUUUUUAUUGGAUGGCUGCCCC